UUCUUUCAAUACUCAAAAUGGCCAAUUCUGACAGAGUACCUAACGAGGUUAAAAGCUUCCUCCGCUCUGUCUUGGUAUCAAGCAAAGGGGUGAAAGAAAGCCGUGUGCAAAACGACUACCGCGAAUUGAUUGGCGAGAAGUUGAUGUGGCGAAACUACGGCUUUAAUUCUCUGAACGAGUUUUUAAAAGCCAUUCCCGAUGUCUGCACUUUGGAAUACAAUAGCAAGGACAAAGAAAAUCGCGUUUAUGCUGUUCAUGUAGAUGGUAUAUAUAUGUCCUCGCAUGCCAAGAAGAAUGUCAAAGAGACAGCGCCUGAUAAAACCCCUGCUAAACAGCUCGAAGACGGUAGAUUUAUUCAAACAGACGGUGAGAUGGGUCUAAAAAUCACCUUGACAAAUAAUAAUGUUGAUGCCAGAAAAGCUGGCCAUUUUGAGGAUGGAAUUCAGCCUAACAAGAAUGGAAAGUAUCAAGUUUAUGUUACAAUGCUACCUGAAUCCUGCACAGAGGCUGAUGUGAGAGAUUGCUUCAGGCGUUACGGAAAUGUUUGCUAUGUGCAGGUUAUGAAGAGUUCAAUUGGAAAAAAGAUUGCCUUUGUAAACUAUGCAGUGAAAACUGACGCUGAACGUGCACUGGUGGAGGGCAUAAAUAACCCACCUGUUGUUCAUGGAAUGCAAUUGGUUGUAGGAAAGACAAAAAGGAAGUCGGACUCUAGUAAUAGCAGCGAUCAUUCUGAGAUAAGUUCUACUGCAAGUGAAAGUAGCCUGUCGUCAAUACCUUCAUCUCCUUUAAAGCCAUUGUCACCACCACCUACUAGUGUUCCAAUUGCAGCCGCUCAACUCCCAAAUUCUUCGUCAUGUUCUCAACCUACCCGUGGCAAUUCCUACCACAAACCCACAACACCACAUCCACCACAAUCAAAGUUCCACAGUACCCAGAACCUGACUCUCCACAACACCAUAUCACAGUACCCACAACCCAUACCACAGACCGUCCACAACACCCUAUCACAGACUCUCCACAACACCAUACCACAAAGUACCCGCAACACCAUACCACAGACCGUCCGCAACACCAUACCACAAAGUACUCACAACACCAUACCACAUACCCUCCACAGCGUCAUACCACAGACACUCCACAACGCCGUACCACAAAACACCCACAACACCGCAUCACAGCCCCCCCAUGACAUCAUACCGCAGAUCAACCACAAAACCAUAGCACAGGCCACUCACAACGCUAAACCACCGAUCCCCCACAACUCCACUCCAAAAACAAAUAAUUUCCCUUAUCAACAGUACAAGCAUGCAUCAUCUGAACUCUCUCUAUCCCCUCUUGCUGUUCAAGCUCCAAAUCAACCCUCGCAGUCACCCUAUUCCUCGCCUUUCGAUAGCUCCCAGUAUCAACGCCGUGUUGGUACCAACGGAAAUGAUGCGAUCAAUUCUAAACAUGGCGUAAUUAUCUCCGGCUAUAGCAACAAAUUUGAGGAGGAGAACUUGAGAAAUUUACUUCAAAAUGUAUGCGAACCUUUAAAUCUGGAGUGGGGUUCAGGCUACAGUAUUGUCACCUUAAAAAGUGCUGACAGUGUUACAAAUUUGAUCGAAACGCUAAAAGAUAAGGUUUUCUUUGGUGAAGUUCUCAUGACUAAGCCUUUGAUUAAAAAUCAUCAAGAAGUAUCGAGACUUUCCACGUCGGAAAUGGGUCACGACGACAAAUUACCUGGUAGACAAAAUACAUUGACAACAAUCUACGAGAUCUUUAGCGAAGCCGUAAACCGUUGUUAUGGUAAACGAUACGCGAAUUGGAUGGAAAAUCUUCCGCAAAAAUUUGAAAUUAAAAUCAUGGAACUUAUUGACCCUUGUACAUUUUGGCUCCAUGUUGCUGAUGGGAGUACUGACUAUCAAGUCUUUAACGAUGUAUCCCUUCACCUGUCUACCAUCAAGUUGACUUCGGACUCUCGUCAUCUUAGCAAGGGAAAAAUGGGUGCUGGGAAAUUUUCUGAAGAUGGAUGUUGGUAUAGAUGUUAUUGUUGUGAAGAAUCCGCUGACCUAAAGAAUGUGCGCGUCAUGUACAUUGACUAUGGCAACACAGAAUGGCUUUCACGUGAUCAAACAGUGCUUAUAAACGAUGAUUUGUUCGAGCUUCGUCCCCAAGGCGUUUUAGCGAAGUUUUCAGGUUUAAAGUACGAGGCCGGCGGCACUGCUACCGACGAAAACAUUUUUGUUUCGGCGAAAAAAAUUCUCCAUGAAAAAGUUUUCACAGCUAGAAAAGUUGCAACUGCGCCAUCCCAGCCUCUUCUUUUGGAUGUUGAGCUGCUGGGUGCAAAUGGCGAACAGUGUUAUAAGGAGUUAUCCUGUUUACGUGGAGUCAAAAAACAUCUGUUGAUCCUUCCUUCAGUUGCUUCUGUUUUACUGUCGAUACCACCCCCCGUCCCUGAAGAACUUCAGCCUAUCAAAUCCUGGCUUUGUGAUGUCGACAAAAUAAACCCAAUUUUCAUUUGGAUAACAGAUAUCCGAUCUCCAUCGUGUUUUUAUUUUCAACUGGUAAACGAGAGGUCCAAGCGCGAUAUAAAGGAACUUCAGGAAAUUUUGCUCAGAUGUAAUGUUCAAAAUAAGAUAAAUAUGAAAGGUCCCAAUUCAACAAACAUACUUUACUGUUAUCACAAGAACGGCCAUGAACGAUCGCGUGUAUCCAUCACCAGUGACUCAUUUCCUCAGGGAAAGGUGAGAGUACUUCAUGUUGAUACAGGUAAAGAAGCCCUAGUGCCUUUGACGUCAUUCUUCGAUUUGCCUCCGAAAGCUAGGCAGGCGCAAGAAUUGCCUUUUCAAGCGCGACCUGCGCACAUGUAUGGCGUGUCACACGACGCUUUUGUCAACUCGACGAAGGCCCUGGAAUUUAUUAUUUCUCAAGCAACCCAGGUUCUUCGAGCGGUUGUCGUGAAAGAAAAUUAUGACGAAUCUGUUGUUUUGGAGCUUUUCGAUGCCCAAGGAGAUAGUCUGAACAAGUUGAUGCUGAAUGUAGUAGAUAAUUGUCCAUCAACCCCUCCAAAUAUACCAGGAUUAUCCAAGCAGAACUUCGUGCCUGUGAACACUUCUAUUGAAACAAGCCCCUCUCCGAACCUGGCGUCUCCUGAGUUAAAUCGCUUCUCAAAUAGUCAAGGCCCAUCGGCUGAAGGAUCACCUGAUCAGGCAAAUAUAUCUCAAUUUCACACACCACCGGAUGAGCCCACCCAUGUGCAGGCAUCAUCUAAGAAACUUGCCGCAAAUCAAGUCACUAAACCUUAUAAUACUAAUGUGGGAAAUGAGAAAGAUAGUGGAGUUCACCUGUUGAAGAGUCAAGGGAGUCUUCAUGAUAAGGUGGAUGCCCAAACUCAGGCUAUGUCGGCUCCCCCUCAAAUUCAGGCUGGCUGUGUGCCACCCAAACAAGCUCAACUUCAUUUUAACAAGUUUCCAAAUCGGGAUGAUAUGCUUAAACAGAAUUUGGCUCAACCUCGUCAUAACGAGGUUCAAAUUCAAAACAAUCAAGUUGGACCUCAUCAAAAUCAUCAUAAAUUACCUCGUGGUCAGCCUCAACAUGCUGAAAAAAAGGCGCAACCUUAUCCUAAUCAGGUACAACAAAAUCAGGGUCAAAUUCAACAAAACCAACCUCAAUCUCAACAAUUUCUCUCUCAACUUCCUUAUAACCAAGCAACACCACAGCCCAACCAAGGUCAAUUUCAACGCAACCAAACUCAACAUCAGCGCAACCGAGCACAACCUCAAGGCAACCAAGUUCAACCUCAACCCAACCUAGCUCAACAUCCGAGCAACCAAAUUCAAUCUCAGUCCAUCCAAUCUCAACUUCAGCGCAACCAAGCUCAAUCACAGCCAAGCCAAGUCUUACCUCUGCCCAACAGGAUUCAAGAACGCAACCAAACUCAACCUCAGCCAAACCAAGUUCAACAUCAAACCAGCCUGGUACAAACUCAAAACAAACAUCCUCAACCUCAGCCAAACCAACUUCAUUAUCAGCCCAUCCAAACUAAACCUCAGAGCAAAAAUUUUCAACCUCAGUCAAACCAAGCUCAACCUCGGAGUAAACAACCUCAUCCUCAGCGAAACCAACCUCAACUUCCCCCCAACCAAGCUCAGCAUCAGAGCAUGCAAGUUCAGCAUCUGCACGACCACACCCUGUCUCAUCAAAACAGAGCUCAAGUUCAUUAUAACGAAGGUCAAUCUACCCAUGACCAUGCUCAGCCUUAUAACCAGCGACAACUUCAAAAAAUCCAAGGUCAAUCUUCCCAUGACCAUGCUCAGCCUUAUAGCCAGCGACAACUUCAACAAAGCCAAGGUCAAUCUUCCCAUGACCAUGCUCAGCCUUAUAGCCAGCGACAACUUCAACAAAACCAAGGUCAAUCUUCCCAUGAACAUGCUCAGCCUUAUAGCCAGCGACAACUUCAACAAAGCCAAGGUCAAUCUUCCCAUGACCAUGCUCAGCCUUAUAGCCAGCGACAACUUCAACAAAGCCAAUCUCAACCUCAUCAAUACCCAGGUCCAUUUCAUUAUGAUCAGGCCAGCACAUUGGAAAAAAAUACUCCUGUAUCUUUGAACAAUUAUCAGCUUCCAUUGCUAUCACUUGGUGUAAGCUCAAGUAGAAGUUCCCCCGUUGGGAAGAGAAGUCCGUGUAGUGACGUCAUUGAUGGAAUUACGUCACCGUCGCCAUCCUUUGAAUCGGUGAGCUCAUUUUCAUUCAAUAACGGAAAAUUGCGAUCGAAUAGCACUUCCAGCUCAACGAGCAAAAGCUCUCGAGACUCUAUGGAAGGUCGUGUUGAACAAAAAAUAAACAUUGUGAAGGAGCGGAGGAGCAAUGACUUUAACGAAGACGUACGUAAAGGCAAAAACAUGCCGAAGAGGACUGGUAACUAUAAAGAGAGUGAACCAAAAUCGGUCGCUUUAAAAACACAUUCGUCUUUUGAAAAUGCCGAGUUUUUACAAAGACCGAACGAAAACACAACGAGCAACGAGAUUGACACGAAUACCGAGUUGAAUUUCUGCAAUACAUCCAUACCAAAUGAAGAACUCAACUCAAACGGCGUUCCCACGUUUUUUAAUGAAGGGACGUCGUUAAACUCGAAACUGAACGAACAGAAGAAAGUGUUGACCAGAAAUGGUACAGAACAACAGAAAAUGGUACAAGAUUAUCGAAGCAAAGAAAAAGCAUCAAUCAUUGAAAAAAUAAAAGCGUUGGAAAGAGAAAACGCCCUCUUACAGGAGCAGAUAAAACAAAACCUGAGAGAAAAGGCCGAACUAGAGAGAGACUUAAGCAAGUAUUGAAUAUGUCACAUGGUGAGUCUGGUCACGUGAAAUUGUUGUCGUAUGAAGUCGUUGUAUAUUACAUUGGCGCGUCAAGUCAUCGGUCGAUUUGACAAAUUCUAAAAUCAAACAUGUCUAUCUGAAUUAUGUUUCCGUUUUGUUAGAUUACCUUAAAGAUGAUGCGUAUCGGCUUAUUGAACAAUGACAUGCAUGAUACUGCACACGGAGGUAGUAUAUCACAAAAAGUCACGACAAUAAUUAAUUAAAUUUCCCACUCAUCCGUAAUGUAUAUUUGGAUUAAAUAUUUUGAGAAAAAAAUGUACAAAAGGUUUGACAACGUUUGAAGUUUGUGCCCAUGCAGAAUAACGGAAGCAACUCCCUCUCUCUCAUCUGAACAUUCGAAGUAUUUUAUAAUAAGUUGUAAUGAAAAUUUGGGGGAGUGGCAUUACCUCGGGGCGAAUGAAUGACUUACACCGAUUUUACGAAAACUCUGUAAAAGAAUUUCUGAAGUGUACUUUUUGUACUGUGAUUGUCUGAUCACUCUGGUGCAGUAAAAUGGCUGAAUGUCUACUCAUAAAAUAUAUUUUAAUAAACAUAUCAAAUGAACAACGAUUUUUUUUGUAAAGUAAACAUGUUUCGGCCCUCUUAUGCCAUCUUCAGUACAGAAGAAUGCAUGAUAUAAUGAAUGAUUCUUUUUACAGCUUUAUUUUUGUUGCAUAAGUUACAGGUAUUAGAAUACUGAAUCUAAAUUUUAAUAACCAUAGAAGACAUUUUAAUAACACAGGGCGUUUUUUUGAAACUUAAAAACACGAAAGUUUCGAACUUUAAAA